AGUUUCAAGCAUUUUCCCCACCGAUAGAGCGUGCAUUGUCUGUUCUUCCUUACCACGGCAUUGUUGUCAUUGUGUCGUACAAGCAUCAUCCCGCUACCCUACCGACACACCACGACCCAAUUGUUCUGGGUAGCUACUGCAACAUCCCGCUGGAGACAGUUACCUUGCAGAUGGAAGUCAAUAAAGAGCGUCCUCAGGUCAUCCCUCAAGAACUUCACUCGGACAAGCCACACGACCAAACAAAGAAAGAAUGAGUGAUCCAGACGGAAUAGCCUAUUGUUCCGUUCGGUCCGACCCAUAUUCACAUGUACAGGUCGCCGACUUUUCUAAUGUACAAUACCUUACAGUUCAGGACUCAGAUGAGGAAAUCCCAGAGAAGGCCGAGGACGAGGUCCAAAGUGGUGGCGAGGAUGUAAACGAAGGUCCAUCCGAGGCCCCAAACGCAUCCAAAAAGGGAAUCCCACCAGAGGGCCCCCUUUCCCCGCCAUAUACGCCCGUUGAGGCGAGUAAAGCUGAGGAUGCCGCUCCUGAAGACGAAUGGGCAGAGGCACCAAAGAAGGGCAAGAAGAAGGGCAAGAAGGGCAACGCAACACCAUUAAGCCCCCCGCCUCCACCAGCUCUGGCAGUAUCAGUUGACGCCGGUAGAGGUGAAGCUCUGCCGAUUGAGGAGGAACGGUCGGAUAUCUCCAAGAAAUCCAAAAAAAAGAAGAGCAAGAGCAAAAACCCUCCUACUCCCGCCGCCGCAACCGUUGCCGCUGCACCUGCGCCUGCAUCUCCGCGACAACCGCCAAGUGAAGCAAGCAAAGCGGAAGAGUCGGCCGUUGAGGACAACGGGGCCGCCCCUACAGGCAAGAACAAGAAGGGAAAGGGAAAGAAGGCUAAGGGCAAGGACAAGGCUGAGAAGGGCAAGGGGAAAAAUGGCAAGGGUAAAAAGGAGGACAACUCGGAUCCGCCGGCUCCACCAGAGCCGGUCGUAGAAGAACCAGGUAAACCGGAGGAAGAAGCAAGUGAGCCUCCUCCGCCGCCGAACGAGCCGGCUCCGGCUGAAAACGAAGCCAAGGAAAUUGAAGGGGAGUCAUCACCAGCACCGGCACUGGAAGCGAAGGAGGAAAGCGAUCAAGCCCCUGAACAACCUGCCGAGCCGAGUACCGAAGCUCCUGCAGGGGACUCAGCACCAGAGGGUGAAAAGGAGAUCGAGAGUACUCCUGCUGAGGCUGCGGAGAAUCCUCUCACUGAAGCGCCUCCAGAACCACCGGCGGACCCUAAUCCGGCUGAACCAUCGCCAGAAGAGCCGAAAGAAGAAGAGAGUUCACUACCUGCACCUGCACCCGCAGGAGAGGCUAGCGAUUCAUCGGAAGUGAAGGCCGAGGACUCUGGAGAACCGGCACCGCAAGACGAAGUUCCCGCACCUAGUGAAGCCGUCCAGGAAUCUAUAAGUGCUCCUGAACCUGCCGGAGAUGACACAGUAGGCAUAAAGGAAGGAGAUGAUGCUCCGGAGGCUCCGGAGUCCCCAGACGGGCCCGUGACUGAAGAAGUUAGUGCCGAAGAACCACCAGUGUCAGUUGGGGGAGAUUCGACGCCAGAGGAUUCGCAAAAGGAGGCAGAAGCCCCAGAUUCAAACCCCGCAGAAACGGCAGAGGAGUCAACAGAAACCCCUGCCGUUGAUCCGCCUGUGGAAAGUGAAACAGCCCCCGAGCCGGCUGAACCCCCGACCGAACAAGCUGCAGACAGCACCGGCAGCAAGGAUGAGCCCGUCGAAGCAACCUCGGACGUUACGAAAGACGCCGACGCCGAUGAUACGGUGGCGAGCGAGCGACAGUCUACUGACGAGGCGGUUGUCGAUGCACCAUCAGCUCCAGACACGGAAGAGGCGAAGGAGGACCCCGCUGUGGAGAGCUCGAAGGACGAUGAGCCGCCUGUGGGAUCCGAACUGACCCCGGCCCUUGCCGAUAGCGAAGUCCAAUUUCCCGAGGCAACUGGCGUUGAUAGUGACACACAGCCCGUAGAGGAUUCGGCAGUGGACCCUCCGACGGAAGAAGCUCAAGCACCGAGCGAAGCUCCGCCUGCUGCAGGGGGCUCGGAUAGCCCGGAUCCAAAGGGUGACGGUGCGGAUAGCAGUCCUGUCGACGAUGCUCAAGAAAACACUGCUGGUGACGAAGUUGAGACUACUCCUGAAGAGUCUGCGCCGAAGGAGACUAUCUCUGAAGAGUCUGGCCCGACGGAGAAUACUCCUGAAGAGCCUGCCCCUGAAGAGUCCGAGCCUGAAGAAGCUGCCCCAGCGGAAACGGCUCCUGAGGUAUCCACUCCUGCAGAGUCCGGCCCUGAGGAAGCUGCACCAGCAGAAACCACCCCUGAAGAGUCCGCGCCUGAAAAAGUUGCCCCAGCAGAUACUACUGCUGAAGAGUCCGCCCCUGAGAAAACUGCACCAGCAGAAACGGCUGCUGAGGAGUCCGCCCCUGCAGAAUCUGUUCCUGAGGAAGCUGCCCCAGCGGAAACGGCUCCUGAGGAGUCCACCCCUGAAGAGUCCGGCCCUGAGGAAGCUGCACCAGCAGAAACCACUUCUAAGGAGACCGCCCCUGCAGAGUCCGUUCCCGAGGAAGCUGCCCCAGCGGAAACGACUCCUGAAGAGUCUACCCCUGAGAAGGCUGCACCAGCAGAAACCACUGCUGAAGAAUCCGCUCCUGAAAAAACUGCACCAGCAGAAACCGCCCCUGAGGAGUCCGCACCUGCAGAGUCCGUUCCCGAGGAAGCUGCCCCAGCGGAAACGACUCCUGAAGAGUCCAUCCCUGAGAAAACUGCACCAGCAGGAACCGCUCCUGAGGAGUCCACCCCUGAAGAGUCCGACCCUGAGAAAGCUGCCCCAGCAGAAACAACUGCUGCAGAGUCCGCCCCUGAGGAAGCUACCCCAGCGGAAACGCAAGAACCAGCCGACGAUGUCAAGGUCGAUCCUGAGACUUCGAUCAAAGACGAACAACCAAAAGAGGACCUCUCUGAUGCGAGUCCUGAGGUCACCGAGAGCGCCGAGACUGUGCCCACAGAUGACAGCGGCAACGAUAGCCGCAAGCCGGCGCCCGAGUCCGAGAGUCGGCCCGAUAUGUCUCAACCGGUUGCUGAUAACCCUGUCGCCACUGAAGAAUCAGCUGAAGGUGGCAGUGCCCCAGAGCCUCCCGAAGUUGCCACCGCAACCGCCGAGGAUGCUGCCGAACCUAGCCCCGCAGAGGACACGCCGCCGAUGGACAGCGAUGCCAAGGACGAUCCGGCCGUUGAGCAACCAGAGAAAGAGGCCGAGGUUAUUGAGCCAAGUGACACGCCGGCUGAAAGUAAAGAGAGCUCGGCCUCGGACGCCAAGGAUGAGCCUGAUGGCGAGACACCUUCGCAAUCUACCGAGACCGAUGAAAGCCCAGCUGUCGAGGACAAAAAGUCUGUUGAAGAUUCUGCUGAUAAUCCUACUGAAGAGGGAUCCGUUGAAGCAUCCGCCGAAACGGAGGCAGCAAGUCCUGAAGUUGUUGAGAAAGUCGAGGCCAGUGAGCUGGUGUAUGAGGACCCGGUGAAGAGUGAGGACGCAACCGGUAAGUACAACUAUGAACCCGUUGAAUCUGAAGAGGUAGCCGAAGUAGAGACCAAAUCGGUACACUUCGCUAAAGAGCCCGAAGUCAUUACCGCGCCCUUGACGCGUGAUGGAGAUGACCCUCCAGUGGAAUCUAUCGGAGACAUUACCACUGAUGCCUCAGCAGAUGCCCCAAAAGAUGUUCCGGCAGAUCCAGAGGAUGCUUCAACUGAGAAAGCAGAAGAAUCCCAGUCCAGUGCUGCUGAUGCGCCAGACGCUGAAGGUGGUGAGACUGCCGCCGAGAGCCCUGCUUCUGACGAGGUUGUCGCCAAUAUUAGCAAUGACAAGGCCGAGGAAGCACCGGCCCCUGUUUCAACCGAUGAAAGCAGCAGUCCAAGUGUGCCAGGUGUGCCGGCCGGGUCUCAGACCGAAGCUGAGGAAAGCAGUCCAGAUUCACCUGAGAAGAGCCUUGUCGAAAGCGCAGAUAUUGAUCAAACUGUUGCUGAAGCCAGCACCGACGCUCAGGAGCCGCCAAAUAUCCCGGUGGAAGAUGCUGUAUCAGCCUCGGUUCCUGCCGACGAAGUACCCGCAAGUGAAGAAACGGCAGCAGAAGUACCUGGAUCUGAGGACAAAGUCGACCCUGCUGAAGGGAGCCAAGACAUCGCCGAACAUGUUGAGGAAAGCAAUGAAGUCCCCGAACCUGUCAAAGACGUCGUCGAGCCAGCCCAAGAUGAUCCAGCGGAAGCUGAUGCUACCGAGGCGUCCGCAAUCGAAGCCCCAGAAGCCGAAAGCACCCCGGCGGAGUCGAUUGAAAGCGCAUCUCCACAAGACGAGUCUGAAGCUGUUGUCGAGGCAAGUCCGGAGAAGGUACCAGCUGUGGAAGCCAAGGAGCAUGUCGAGCAGCCCGGUACGGUCGAACCAAGUGUUGCCGCAGACGUUGAGGACACACUAGCGCAAUCAGUUGAGCCAAGUGAGGUGAAAAACGAGGCCGUUGAACACCCUGCCGAACCGAGUGACGCCGUUGAGGCCGAGGAGGGGAAGACAGGGGAAGAAGAAGUGGCGGACAAACCUCCAGUCGUCGAAAUGGCCUUCGAGGAACCUGCUGCUGCUGAGCCGGUCGUUGAGGCACCGGCUGCCGAAGCACCAGUUACUGAAGAGCCUCCUCCUGAUGAGCCAGCUGCUGUUGAGCCCGCCGCUGAAGAACCUGCCUCUGAAGAACCUGCCGCGGAAGAAGCAGUUGCUGAAGCACCGGUCGCUGAGGAACCUGCUGCUGCUGCUGCUGCUGAGACGGUCGUCCAGGCACCAGCUGCCGAAGCACCAGCUACUGAAGAGCCUCCUACUGAUGAGCCAGCUGCUGUUGAGCCCGCCGCUGAAGAACCUGCCUCUGAAGAACCAGCUGCUGAAGCACCGGUCGCUGAGGAACCUGCUGCUGCUGAGCCGGUUGUCGAGGCACCGGCUGCCGAAGCACCAGUUACUGAAGAGCCUCCUCCUGAUAAGCCAGCUGCUGUUGAGCCCGCCGCUGAAGAAUCUGUCUCUGAAGGACCUGUCGCGGAAGAAACAGUUGCUGAAGCACCGGUCGCUGAGGAACCUGCUGCUGCUGAGCCGGUUGUCGAGGCACCGGCUGCCGAAGCACCAGUUACUGAAGAGCCUCCUCCUGAUGAGCCAGCUGCUGUUGAGCCCGCCGCUGAAGAAUCUGUCUCUGAAGGACCUGUCGCGGAAGAAACAGUUGCUGAAGCACCAGUUACUGAAGAGCCUCCUCCUGAUGAGCCAGCUCCUGUUGAGCCCGCCACUGAAGAACCUGCCUCUGAAGAACCUGCCUCUGAAGAACCUGCCGCGGAAGAAGCAGUUGCUGAAGCACCGGUCGCUGAGGAACCUGCUGCUGCUGCUGAGACGGUCGUCCAGGCACCGGCUGCCGAAGCACCAGCUACUGAAGAGCCUCCUCCUGAUGAGCCAGCUGCUGUUGAGCCCGCCGCUGAAGAACCUGCCUCUGAAGAACCAGCUGCUGAAGCACCGGUCACCGAGGAACCUGCUGCUGCUGAGCCGGUCGUCGAGGCACCGGCUGCCGAAGCACCAGUUACUGAAGAGCCUCCUCCUGAUGAGCCAGCUCCUGUUGAGCCCGCCACUGAAGAACCUGCCUCUGAAGAACCUGCCGCGGAAGAAGCAGUUGCUGAAGCACCGGUCGCUGAGGAACCUGCUGCUGCUGCUGAGACGGUCGUCGAGGCACCGGCUGCCGAAGCACCAGUUACUGAAGAGCCUCCUCCUGAUGAGCCACCUGCUGUUAAGCCCACCGCGGAAGAACCUGCCUCUGAAGAACCUGCCGCGGAAGAACCAGCUGCUGAAGCACCGGUCGCUGAGGAACCUGCUACUGUUGAGCCGGACGUCAAGGCGCCGGCUGCCGAAGCACCAGUUACUGAAGAGCCUCCUCCUGAUGAGCCAGCUGCUAUUGAGCCCGCCGCCGAAGAACCUGCCUCUGAAGAACCUGGAGCGGAAGAACCUGGCGCGGAAGACGCAGUUGCUGAAGCACCGGUCGCCGAGGAACCUGCUGCUGCUGAGCCAGUCGUCGAGGCACCGGCUGCCGAAGCACCAGUUACUGAAGAGCCUCCUCCUGAUGAGCCAGCUGCUGUUGAGCCCGCCGCUGAAGAACCUGCCUCUGAAGAACCUGCCGCGGAAGAACCAGCUGCUGAAGCACCGGUCGCUGAGGAACCUGCUACUGUUGAGCCGGACGUCGAGGCGCCGGCUGCCGAAGCACCAGUUACCGAAGAGCCUCCUCCUGAUGAGCCAGCUGCUGUUGAGCCCGCUGCUGAAGAACCUGUCUCUGAAGGACCUGUCGCGGAAGAAACAGUUGCUGAAGCACCGGUCGCUGAGGAACCUACUGCUGCUGAGCCGGUCGUCGAGGCACCGGCUGCCGAAGCACCAGUUACUGAAGAGCCUCCUUCUGAUGAGACAGCUGCUGUUGAGCCCGCUGUUGAUGAACCUGCCGCGGAAGAAGCAGUUGCUGAAGCACUGGUCGCUGAGGAACCUGCUGUUGCUGAGACGGUCGUCGAGGCACCGGCUGCCGAAGCACCAGUUACUGAAGAGCCUCUUCCCGACGAGCCAGCCGCUGAAGAGCUAGUGAUUGAAGCACCGGUCGCUGAUGAGGCGGCUACUGAAGUGUCAGCAGCUGAGGAGCCGGCCAAAGAGGCACAGGUUGCUGAAGUUUCUGAAGAUCCGACCGUUGAAGCGCUGGUAUCCCAAGAACUGCUCAUUGAAGAGCCAACAGCUGAAGAACCGGCCCCCGAAGCACCAGUUGUCGAAGUUACCGAAGAGUCUGCCGUUGAAGCGCCGGCAGCUGAAGAACCGCCUGCUGCUGAGCCGCCUGCCGCGGGAGAUGCCCCAGUCGAAGCUGCGCCUGUGGAAUUAACAAAGGAAGUGCUUCCCGUAUGUGAGCCGGGACCAGAAGUCGUUGUACCAGUCGCUUCAGAGCCAAUGGUAGGACCCCUAUGUUUGUUUUAUUCUCUCCUCAGAGAAGUUGACUGACUAGAAGUUUCUCAAGGCCGAGGAGGUCCCGCAUCCCGCACAAGAACCGGA